UUCCCUGUCUGACGUCAGCUGACUGCCUGCCUCGGCUGUGCUCUUCGCUCCAGACAUAGUGCUGCUGCUGAAAAAAUGCUGCUCUCUGUGCCGCCGAGGACAGGAUUCAACCCAUACAACGGCUAUACAAACAGAACUAGUAAAAAGCCGACGUAUGUGUCUUCCAGCCACCAGAUGGCUCUACCCAGCCCCAACCACACCACCACCAGCAGUAACGGCAGCCUCAGCGCAGAGCAGCUGAGCAAAACUAACCUCUACAUCCGCGGCCUCCACCCGGGAACCACAGACCAGGACCUGGUCAAAUUGUGUCAGCCGUAUGGAAAAAUUAUGUCCACUAAAGCCAUCCUGGACAAGACCACCAACAAAUGCAAAGGCUAUGGCUUUGUUGACUUUGACAGUCCGUCCGCUGCACAGAAAGCAGUGACCGCACUGAAAGCUGGUGGAGUCCAGGCUCAGAUGGCUAAGCAACAGGAGCAGGACCCCACUAACUUGUACAUCUCCAACCUGCCUGUGUCCAUGGAUGAGCAGGAGCUGGAGAAUAUACUGAAGCCCUUCAGUCAGGUCAUCUCUACACGCAUCCUCAGAGACGCCAACGGCACCAGCAGAGGAGUGGGCUUUGCCAGGAUGGAGUCAACAGAGAAAUGUGAGACUAUCAUUCAACAUUUCAAUGGCAAAUAUAUCAAGACUCCACCUGGAGUACCAGUGCCCUUGGAACCCCUGUUAUGUAAGUUUGCAGAUGGAGGACAGAAGAAGAGACAGAGCCAGGGAAAGUACCUGCAGAAUGGCCGUCCCUGGACAACAGAUGGGGAAACGGGAGGAAUGACACUGACCUAUGACCCCACCACAGCCUUACAGAACGGAUUCUACUCUCCCUACAGUAUGGCCCCUAACAGAAUGAUAGCUCAGACAUCCCUCGCCCCCUACAUGCACUCUCCUGUUAAUACCUACCAGAUCCACAGUCCACAGUCCUGGAUGCAUCAUCAUCAGUCGUACCUCAUGCAGCCCUCAGGCCAAGUCCUGACGCCGGGCAUGGACCACACCAUGUCCAUCCAGCCAACCCCUAUGAUGGGGCCUCUCACACAGCAGCUCAGCCACCUCUCUAUGGGCAGCAGUGGCACGUAUAUGCCUGCAAACACAUCUAUGCAAGGGACCUACAUCCCCCAGUACACCCAAGUGCCUCAGACCACUGUUUCAGUCGAGGAAAGUGCCAUCCAACAACAGGUUUCCCUGGAGACUCCCACAGAACACACAGGUUACUCCUAUCAGCUUAGAAAGUGAAGAGGAGGGACAGGUGGGUUAUACUAGAGUCUAUUUCCUGGGCCACCUGCGGUCCAUACAGCUCAGCUCAGUGCAUAGUGACUCUGGACAGAAGCACCAGACAGUCACACUAAGGACAAAAGGAUAUUUAAAAAUCAGAGGCUAUGGUAAACUCUUGAAUACAUAUGAAUGGAUACUGUGAAAACAAACAGAACAUGGAGCAUCUAUUUUGACCACAGAACAUGACUCUACAGUCGAAGAAAGAGAAACACACACACAGGAUUUUUUUGUGCACAUAUUAACAAAUUAUUUUCCUAAAUAUUCUGGGGAGCCAGAAUGAAAUCAGGAUCAUAAAGUUACAACAACAUGUGUUGUCGAUUAGCUGUACUUUUUUUGUAAAAUAUGCUGAUUUCGUUUUUCAUUAUCUGUUAUUUGUAAGCUUUUCACCUGAAUUCUUUGUUAUAGAUUCAAAAAGUCACGAAUCAAAGAUUUUUUUCUUCAUUUCACAAUGCCAUUGUUGUUUUUGUUCACUUCACCGUGUUUUUACUGGUAAAUGUUUGACGAGAGAAGGCUGAACCAACUGCUUCAGUUACUUAGAUCAUAGACGGUGUCAUAUCUGGUACUAUCAACUGAGAUACGGUUUUUAGCACUUGGGUCCCUAGUUGAAAUUCUCACAAUAAUUCUCAGAAUCUAAAUAGAUAUUUAGUAAUAAAGCUUAAGACAAUCAAACAUUGAAUUGAUUAUUUCCUGAUUCUGGCCAAUUAUAAAAAAAUAUAUAUAUGCAUGAUUAAAUUUGACAUGAAAUACAUUUAGUUGCUGGUUAUAUUUGAGGAAUUGAAUCUUAUAUUGCUCCAAUGCCAACCAACAACAUAAGUAUUUACAUUUGGUUUUAGUGGGUUAAGCUGCUACCCUUUAAACAGACCCAAAGUUGUUGUUAGGAGUUCACAUUAUUGAGUGUUGCGCUAGUAGUUUUAACAAGUAAAUUCGAGAUCCAAAACCUGCGGCCAGUUGGCUACUGAGAUGCUGUGUCUUUUUGCUCCCACAAACGCUACUUUCUCUCUGUCUGUUUAUAGAUGCCUCUGUUUUUGUUUUGAUUCCGAGUGACUGUUUUUUUAUUUAAAGAAAGUUUGUGAGAUUUUUUAUUCGAUUUAAUACUUUUCAGAUUGAUACAUUUUAUUUUUGGUAGUGUGCAUUGUGAGUAGUUACAUGUUUCUAUGGACAAGUAGAUCUGUUUUUGAAAGAUUUGUUGUCUUUUCAUUUUGGAAUAAUGUCCGUCAUUACCUUCAUUUUUGUUUUUCUUGUUCUCAAUCUGUUUUAAUUUUCAAUAACUUGGAAAAUGCUCUAAAUGUUUGAGAGAUUUCAAAUCAGUCUGUGUCAUCAGUUUUGGCACAUUCACCAUUUAAAGAGGUGUGCUCAACUGCUCAUCACUCCAAGAUAAUUAUGGGCUCUAUUCAAUCCCAAUUGAAAUUUAAAGGCAAUGUUCCCGCAUCGGCGGAAACCGCAUUCACGGUAAACGCUGCAUAUGUCGGCUCAAUUGGAAAUUACCUUUAAAUGUCUAUUGCGCAAUCCGUAACACUUCAGCUUCACAGACUGAAUCGAGCUCUAAGUAUAAUACCUCUUAGAAAUGAUUUCAGAAAUGUGUCCUACGUGGUAGAGUAGUCACUAAAUCAGUAGUUAGGGAAUGCAGUGUGAAAAGUAACAUUACCUCCUACGCAACAAGAGCAAUGUAAAGUCAGCUGAGUGUUCGUGGGCAAGAUUCGGAGACGUUUCCUAAGCUCAUAACUUCUAUGGUUCUCCAGGCUGCCCCGCACAGUCACAGCGGGUACUGUCUCCAUAGCUUCACUCUUCCGUCAAACGUUCACAAACCAGGCCUAAAUCCCAGGUCAAACAUCCAAUCAGACUGUUUUGUUUCUUAAAAAGGCCAGUGAUCUAUGCAAUUAAAAAAAAAAAAACAUCCACAAUAA